AUGGAUAUUGCUUCUGGGUUAAAGCUCAAAGCAACGGAAUCGCAUGGAAGAGUGUGCAAGGCAUUUAUCAAAGCCUUGAAGACAGGGGCCCUAACCAGUAGCUGGAGUGCUAAGUCAUUCUUUUUCUUUUCUCCUCAGCUCACUACCCUGGGAAAUCUUACACCUUCAAGCACUGUGUUUUUCUGCUGUGAUAUGCAAGAAAGGUUCAGACCAGCCAUCAAGUAUUUUGGGGAUAUUAUUAGUGUGGGACAAAGACUGUUGCAAGGGGCCCGGAUUUUAGGAAUACCUGUUAUUGUAACAGAACAGUAUCCUAAAGGUCUUGGGAGCACGGUUCAAGAAAUUGAUUUAACAGGUGUAAAACUGGUACUUCCAAAGACCAAGUUUUCAAUGGUAUUACCAGAAGUAGAAGCAGCAUUAGCAGAGAUUCCCGGAGUCAGGAGUGUUGUAUUAUUUGGAGUAGAAACUCAUGUGUGCAUCCAACAAACUGCCCUGGAGCUAGUUGGCCGAGGAGUGGAGGUUCAUAUUGUUGCUGAUGCCACCUCAUCAAGAAGCAUGAUGGACAGGAUGUUUGCCCUCGAGCGUCUUGCUCGAACUGGGAUCAUAGUGACCACGAGUGAGGCUGUUCUGCUUCAGCUGGUAGCUGAUAAGGACCAUCCAAAAUUCAAGGAAAUUCAGAAUCUAAUUAAGGCGAGUGCUCCAGAGUCGGGUCUGCUUUCCAAAGUGUAGGACAUUUGAAGAACUGGUAUGCUACCCACUGGUGAAGGACAGUCAGUGAAGGACUGCAAGCCCACACAAGCUCUUCUUAUCUCUACUAGAAUUAAAAUGUUAAGUCAAAAACGGCUCCUUUUUUGCGCCUCUUAGUGAAACUUAACCAGCUAGACCAUUUGGGUACCAGCAUUUAGUUACAAAUGUCAAAGGCUUCUGGUGCUGCUUACCUUCCUUUUUUGUUAAUGUGCUUUUAUUUAUUAAAAAAAUUAUAAUGAA